AUGACUUCCAUGAAGCUUGGUACAAAGCCUGAAGCAUUUCAUCGCGAAGGCCAAACUUGGCAAUGCACCUCUGGGCUUCCCAGUGACGUUACCGUUGAGAUCGGAGAAAUGUCCUUUCAUCUACAUAAGUUUCCAUUGUUAUCAAAAAGUGGACUACUGGCAAAGCAAAUCGGGGAACAGCCUAGUGAUGAUGGGUCGGUGCAAGUAUUGCAACUCUGUGACUUGCCUGGUGGAGCUAAAACAUUUGAGCUUAUAGCCAAAUUUUGCUACGGGGUUAAAAUCGAGCUUACAGCUUCGAAUAUAGUUACUGUGAGGUGUGCAGCGGAUUUCCUUCAGAUGAAUGAAGAUAUUGUAGAAGGAAAUCUUGUUUCCCAUGCAGAGGCUUUCCUGAAUGAAAUAUUUGGGAAUUGGACAGACACAUUAGAAGCCCUUGAAACCUGUGAAGAAGUUUUAUCGCAGGCAGAAGAACUUCACAUAGUUUCUAGAUGUGUGAAUUCUCUGGCAAGGAAAGCUUGUGCUGAUCCACAGAUAUUUACUCGGCAAGUUUCACCGCGGAAUGGUAACAAAGAAAAAGAAAACAGAAUAUUAUGGAGUGGAAUAUCAAGAAAGGCGCAGCAAUUGGGUGAUCGUUGGUGGUAUGAAGAUGUGUCGUAUCUAGGUUUGGGUUUCUAUAAAAUGUUUAUCCAAGCGGUGGAAUCAGUAGGCAUGAAGCCUGAGAACAUUGCUGGAUCUCUUGUCGUGUAUGCGAGAAAAUAUAUUCCCCUGAUGAAUAGGCAAUUCAGCUUCAAGGACGCCAACAGCGCUAAACCAGGCAAUAAUGUUUCGACCCCAUCUGAGGCGGAUCAGAGGGGGCUCCUCGAAGAACUUGUGGAGUUACUUCCAUCUCAUAAAGGAGUGGUGCAGACGAAGUUUCUGGUGAGGCUACUUCGCACGGCUAUGCUCUUACAAGCAAGUCCUUCAUGCAGAGAAAAUCUAGAGAAAAGAGUGGGGGCACAAUUGGACCAGGCAUCCUUAGACGAUCUUUUAAUUCCAAGUUUAGGCUACUCAGUAGAGACUUUAUAUGACAUUGACUGCUUUCAAAGGAUUCUCGACUAUUUUUUGUCAACCGAGCAGAUUUCUUCCGCGCCAUAUUCUCCAAGUAUAGUUGAUGAGAAUCAGUUAGUUGAGAGUUCCGAUUCACUGACAGCAAUUACAGUGGUGGCCAAUCUGGUGGAUGGUUAUCUUGCUGAUGUAGCACCAGAUGUUAAUUUCAAAUUAUCAAAGUUUCAGUCACUUGGCUCUGCUGUCCCUGAUUAUGCCAGGCCACUUUCUGAUGGCAUUUACCGCGCAAUUGAUAUAUAUUUGAAGGCGCAUCCUUGGCUAACAGAUAUAGAACGGGAGCAAAUAUGCAGACUCAUGAACUGCCAGAAGCUAUCAUUAGAAGCAAGCACCCAUGCAGCCCAGAAUGAGAGACUGCCACUCCGUGUCAUUGUGCAGGUUCUUUUCUUUGAACAGCUUCGCCUGCGUACAUCGAUUUCAGGGUUGUUCUUCAUCUCAGAAAAUCUGGAAAACCCACAAAAUCUCCGGCAAGUGGGGUGUGCACAAUCUGAUGGUAUGGAUGAAGUGAAGGCACGUGUAUUGGAGCUUGAGAAGGACUGUCAAGGAAUGAAACAAGAACUUCGGAAAGUGGUAAAAAGAAAGAGAAGGUGGAGUUUGUUUGGUAUACUUAAGUAGUGUCAUCCAAAACCAAGUCUCAUCAUGCAGCGCCAAAACUAGAAACAUGAAAAUAGAACUUUUAAAUCUAAAUCAGCAGUUAAUGAUUUAUACAUCUUCUGCGAGUA